GGUCAGCUGGGGACCCUCUGAGAGGAAGGUUUUAGGGGACCCACCUGUGGAGCCGGAGGUCUCGCUGCAGAGAUGCCGCUGCUCCUGGCCCUGGCAGGGGUCCUGGCCACACUCAUGCUCACCCAGCCCUGUGAGGGCACCGUCCCAGCCUCCCCUAGGGCAGUGGAGAUCUCGGUCCUUUGGGACAGCAUAACAGAGGCCAAGCUGCUGGUGGACUCAGCUUACAACCAGACCCAGAAGAGCAUCAAGCAGCGCCUUCGAAGUGGCUCAGCCAGCCCCAUGGACCUCCUGUCCUUCUUCAAGCAACCAGUAGCAGCUACCAGGACUGUUGUUCAGGCUGCUGAUUACAUGCAUGUGGCCUUAGGGCUACUGGAAGAGAAAUUUCAACCCCAGGGAUCCCAACCCUUCAAUGUCACUGAUGGGCUAACGGAACCCCAGCUGCACCUGCUGUCCCAGGCCAGUGGCUGUGCUCUCCAGGGCCAAGCUGAGAAGUGCAGCAACAAGUACCGAACCAUCACGGGGAGAUGCAACAACAGGAAGAGACCCUGGCUGGGGGCCUCCAACAUGGCCCUGGCUCGCUGGCUGCCAGCAGAGUAUGAGGAUGGGCGGUCACUCCCCUAUGGCUGGACCCCCGGCAAGAAGCGCAAUGGCUUCCUCCUCCCUCUUGUCCGGGCUGUCUCCAACCAGAUCGUGCGCUUCCCCAGCAAAAGGCUGACCUCUGACCGUGGCCGGGCCCUCAUGUUCAUGCAAUGGGGCCAGUUCAUCGACCAUGACCUGGACUUUUCCCCAGACUCCCCAGCCAGAGUGUCCUUCAUUGCAAGUGUGGAUUGUGAGAAGACAUGUGCCCAGCUGCCCCCCUGCUUCCCUAUCAAGAUACCACCCAAUGACCCCCGCAUCAAGAACCAGCGUGACUGUAUCCCUUUCUUCCGCUCGGCACCAUCAUGCCCCCAAAACAGGGCCAACAUCCGCAACCAGAUCAACGCACUUACUUCCUUUGUGGAUGCCAGCAUGGUGUACGGCAGUGAGGUCUCCCUUGCCCUACGGCUCCGCAACCAGACCAACUACCUGGGUUUGCUGGCUGUCAACCAGCACUUUCAGGACAAUGGCCGGGCCCUACUGCCCUUCGACAAUAUGCAUGAUGACCCCUGUCUCCUCACUAACCGCUCUGCACGCAUCCCCUGCUUCCUAGCAGGUGACUCCCGGUCAACUGAGACCCCCAAACUGGCAGCCAUACACACCCUCUUUAUGCGAGAGCACAACAGGCUGGCCACUGAGCUGAAACGCCUGAAUCCCCACUGGACUGGCGACAAGCUGUACAAUGAAGCCCGGAAGAUCAUAGGGGCCAUGGUCCAGAUAAUCACCUACAGAGACUUUCUGCCUCUGGUUCUGGGCAAGACCCGGGCCAGAAGAACCCUAGGUCACUACCGGGGGUAUUGCUCCAAUGUGGACCCACGUGUGGCCAACGUCUUCACCCUGGCCUUCCGCUUCGGCCACACCAUGCUGCAGCCCUUCAUGUUCCGCUUGGACAGCCAGUACCGGGCCUCAGCACCCAACUCCCACAUCCCGCUUAGCUCUGCCUUCUUUGCCAGCUGGCGAAUCGUGUAUGAAGGUGGCAUUGACCCCAUCCUCCGAGGCCUCAUGGCCACCCCUGCCAAGCUGAACCGUCAAGAUUCCAUGUUGGUGGAUGAGCUCCGGGACCGCCUAUUUCAGCAAGUGAAAAGGAUCGGACUGGACCUGGCAGCCCUCAACAUGCAACGCAGCCGUGAUCACGGCCUUCCAGGGUAUAACGCAUGGAGGCGCUUUUGUGGGCUUUCCCAGCCCCGGAACUUGGCACAGCUUAGCAGAGUGCUGAAAAAUCAUGACUUGGCAAGGAAGUUCCUGAAACUAUACGGGACACCCAACAACAUUGACAUCUGGGUUGGGGCCAUCGCAGAGCCUCUUUUGCCAGGGGCCCGUGUGGGGCCUCUUCUGGCUUGUCUCUUUGAGAACCAGUUCAGAAGAGCCCGAGAUGGAGACAGGUUCUGGUGGCAGAAAUGGGGUGUUUUCACCAAGAGACAGCGCAAGGCCCUGAGACGGACUUCCUUGUCUCGAAUCGUGUGUGAUAAUACUGGUAUCACCACCGUUUCAAGGGACAUCUUCAAGGCCAAUAUCUACCCUCGGGGUUUUGUGAGCUGCAGUAGUAUCCCCAGGUUGAACCUAUCAGCUUGGCGAGGCAAAUGAGGCUUCUGCAGGAGUCUGUGCCAAGCCCCAACUCUUGGAAAUGAGGGUAAAGGGAAGAUCAUGAGGUUGCCUUUGCUGUUGGAACAACUAUUUCCUGUUGGUGCUUUCGGCGGCUGCGACUCACUGCCCGCCUCAUUGGCUGAGAGGAAAAGCAGGGACUCCUAGCAACGAUGGACCCGCCCACCCUUGGAGCCUCUUAAGUAUUAGGUUAAGAAUUAGUACCAGAUACAAGGAUUUGUGAGCCAAGCCAUGAGGUCCCAGCAAGAGUCAACUGAAGGGUUUCCAGUACUUUCUUCUAUUUCCCUACCACCACCAUGACUAGAAGGUCACCUAGUCCCAGUCUCACCACCCCACAAUCCUGAACCUGCAGGCUGGGAGCACACUCUGUACCAAUAAAGCAUGUUGA